AUGUCAAGUAUUACGGUACCGUCAGUGGACGUCGUGACAUCGGUAGAUGAACAACAGAUCGAGACGUCGGUACUUCGUACUGCCGAGAUGUUUGCACUGACAAAGCGUACUGCUCCAUCUGCAUACGACUUUGCUCCAAGCAAAAAAGUACGUGUACGUACUAAAUUAAAUGACAUUUAUCUUUUGGAUUUUCCUGAAGCACUACUGGGAUCCAAGCCAAUAGUCGACCGUGUUGACACGAGUCCUACUUCUCUUGAGACAGCUACUCUUGAGGUCUUGGAUCGUACUCCACCUCUGACAGAUGUAGUCGUAGAUGCACAUUCAAUACCAUCAGGCCCAGGAAUUUCUAUCACAGGUAAAGAAACAUUAUUAUUUAAAGCUGCAGAGAAGAACGCGACGUUUGUAGACCAAGUGGCAAAAGAGACGGAACAGGAGCUGGAUCUCAAGAAGAAACAAUUGUGCAUUGCUAGUGAGGCAGCUACUAUUAACGGAGAUACCUCCUCAGCGGUUGUAGAAUUUAAGAAACAGACAGAAACAGCGGCUCGAUUUGGCACAAGUGCAAUUAUCCGUCGUCGUGCGGCAGAGGUGCCCAAGCCCAAGUGGCAUGCACCGUGGAAACUCAAACGCGUGAUUGCUGGACACCUCGGAUGGGUGCGCUCGAUUUCCGUGGAUCCUACCAACGAUUGGUUCGUCACGGGCUCCGCUGAUCGGACCAUUAAGGUUUGGGACUUGGCCUCAGGACAGCUGAAGCUCACCAUGACCGGGCAUAUUAAUGCGAUUCGCGGUCUGGAAGUGAGUCCGCGCCACCCGUACCUUUUUUCGGCAGGAGAAGACAAGAAGGUGCUGUGCUGGGACCUCGAGUACAACAAGAUUAUUCGAAGCUAUCACGGCCACUUGUCAGGUGUCUUCUCGCUAAAGGUGCAUCCAACACUGGAUGUCCUUAUCACCGGAGGUCGUGACGCCGUCGCCCGAGUGUGGGAUAUUCGAACGAAGAAUCAAAUCCACGUGCUUUCUGGUCACCAGGGUACUGUAUGGGGUCUAGAGACACAAGCAACGGAUCCACAGAUUAUCACGGGCUCCAGCGAUAGCACGGUCAAGCUGUGGGAUCUUGCCGCCGGCAAAGUAAUGACAACGCUAACUAAUCACAAGAAGGCUGUCCGCGCUGUGACAAAGUCUCCGACGGACCACACGUUCGUGUCGGGUGCGGCGGACAAUAUGAAGAAGUGGGAAGCGAAGCAAGGCAGCUUUCUACGCAACUUCUCGACGCACAAUGCCAUCAUUAACUCCAUUUCGAUCAACCAGGACGGCGUGAUGAUCUCGUGUGGAGACAACGGAUCUAUGCGUUUCUGGGACUAUCAGACGGGCUAUUGUUUCCAGAGCGACUCGACGAAGGCACAGCCGGGCUCCCUGGAUAGCGAGACGGGCAUUUUCGCGUCGACCUUCGACAAGACAGGCCUGCGAUUUAUCACGUGCGAGGCCGACAAGACCAUCAAAGUGUGGCAAGAGGACAGCUCGGCGUCGGAGGAGUCACACCCUAUCGAUAUGGCCCAGUGGACGAAGGACUUUACGGCCCCGAAGAGAUACUAG